AGUGACAAGACUCGGUUUUGUCUACCGAGAAUGAUCUUGAAACAAGGAAAAAAAAAUGAGUUAGUUGUCUUCAUCUAUGUGAUUCCUAAUCUUCUAUUCGUUGUUCCCUAGUUUGAAGUGGUUAAUACUAGGGUUCUGAUGCCUGGCCAUUAUCGGUGUCAUACCUUAAUUUUGUUGCUAGGAAAUCCAAUUUGACUGACAAAGGGGUGCGCCUUUGGAGGGUGUUUCAACACUCCGAAGGGUAUAAAUAGCUGGACCUUUCAAUUAGAAUUGGAUCCUUGCGAUAAAUGCAAGAGUGGCAACUGUAAAAAAAAUCGAAUACUUCAUCAUUUGUCAAUAGUGAUGGAGUAAUACGACAUGCACUAAACUAAGGACACGGGAUAUACUAUAAUAGAUCAAUUUACUGGUCGCAGUAGUGUUAGGUCCCGAACAGGGAAAAAAAGUCAAAGAUUAUCCACAUUAUUUACAGUUCAGUUAUUUACACUGAUCUACAGGGCGCAGCUAUCAAUCUGGAGGAUCGCAUUCGCAUAUAACCCACGAAGCGCAGCUUUGAUGACUACUGCUUUGGGAUCCACUUAUUCCGUGCAACCCCCACGGAAGCAUUAAAAAAACAAACCUCAGGUUCAUUGCCGUCAUCUCCGGGUCUCGAUAUGCGCAGUGCAGUUUACGAGAUGCAUGUUAUAUUUUCAUUACACCUCAAUGGGUGUCGAGAUUGCAUAGCCGAUAAAUGGCAGAGUGGAGUUCAGCAGUUUGUCAACAACCUUUCAAUUAUUGUCAUCGCUCAAUUGGCCAGCGAUGCGGAAAAUGAACACAAAGGUGCAUAAAAUCUUGGAUUCAUACACAGAUGAAAGCCUUUGUUGAUUGACUGAGAAAGAAUAAUUUAUUCAAUGAUCCACAAUUGAUCUUGUCACCCAUAACGUCUUGAAAUUGAAGGAUGUUCAGAAGUGUGGCCCAUAAAUAUAUGAAUGAAAUAUAAAGUGGUCGUUUUAAUCGAAAAUCCUUAGAGAAUCAAAACUUUAUAGGUGUGUUUAUUGUUCCGUCCAAAAUUAUCAUCUAAAGUAUAUUUAGACCACCCUAUUGUUCAGUUAAAUUGGUGGCAAUUACAAUGAUUAGUUUGCGGAGAUGAUUCAGUUAAGCUUCAGGCUUCAAUAUAUUAUAGUGAUGAAGCUGCUCCGGGUUACCCCUUGGAAGUCAGGAAUCUUGACAUUCGGUAGAGAGCCUUAUUAAUGUGUGAACAGAAAACAAUUGAGGCAGUUAGUCUUAGCAUUUACCACAACAUUCCAAUGGAAAUUUGUAACAUUGAAUUAAAAAAAAAUGAUACAGAACCUUUGAUUGUUGAAUUAUCAACAAACCAAUCAGCGUCCAAUGAAGUUGCGUAAUUGUAGCACUGCACUUGUUCGAACACACACAAGCUAUUGGCUCCGGACAUGCAACGGAAAGGUAAAAUUCUGCCAAAUGGAUCUUAUCACCGGUUGAGACCGAUAGCGAACACAUGAGCCACACCGCCGUAUAAUGUGUCCCAUUGGCUUCCGGUUAGGUGUCGUAAGCAAUCAAGAUGAAAUUUUCAUUUCCCUGUUAUAAAUGAUAUGGUCCCCUGAUGGAUGCGCUUAGUAUGUCUAAAUAAGCCAUCCGACAGUGAUUUAGUAUUCAUCGGAGAACAGAGAGCGGAACACACGGCCAAGUGACAAGUGGCUAUGAGCAAAGUUUUGAUAUUUGUUGUGCUUUGUGCGGUUGGAACCGAUCGCCACCAUGUGAGGGCACAGCAGAACAUCAUGGAACAGGGCAAGAUUGCUGUAAUUGGUGCAAUCGCUAAGGGCAAAGAAGUCAUUGACCAUGGGGUGAACGUCAAAUCGGAACGGCAGCAAUCCUACGACAUCUUUGGUUUGAAGUUCGAUACGAGCAAUGGUGUGGGCUCUGGAUUUGGGGAUGCCGCUACGGAGAAAAACCUCAACAGCGUGGAGGAUGAUUUGGUUCGGCGCAGGAAGCGUUCGCUGGAUGUACUGGAAGCACUGCGGGCCGCAGGAUUGAUCAGUAACUCUGCAGGGGGAACCAAUGUAAACAUUGUGAAAAUAAACAGCGUUUCCAAUGUGAACAACUAUGGACCGGAGACAACAACUGAGGGUUCUACGCGCAGGAGGAGGUUGAUUGGGAACUUUCAUCGUCCAUUGGUUUUCAGUGUGCUGGAUCAAAAGGUAUCAUACGUGAGCAGUGAUACUGAAUUACAUAAAAAUGAACUGUUUAAAUCGCACACGGAAGGUGAAAGUCAUUCGAAUCAUUUGGAGAAGAUGGAGGAAAAAGAGGUUUAUGGACCCGCUAUAAGGAACAGGCGAUCACUUCGAAUUGAUACUGUAGAUAAAAGUCAGGGACCGGUCAAAACGGAUUAUUUGAUGCAAAAUGAUGACCAAAAGUUAUUUGGAAGCCCAAAAAUUAAGAGAUCGUUGGUCUUGAGUAAUUUGGAAAAUAAAGCUUCCUACUUCACCAGGCGCUCAGAAGCUAAAGCCGACGGAUCCAUGAAAACUCAUACGUUUACUGGAUCCCGAGAGGCAAAAUUGAGCAAGCUUUCAAUUGAACCUGAAUCAGAGGGUCAACGGAGAGCGAAACGUUCACCUCAGGAGAUGGAUGAGGGCACAGUUACGACUGAUCUACCUCCGCGUAACAGAACGCGUCCCGGGCCUCCCGAUAGCGAUGGAGGUGGUCCUCCUUCAGGUCGACCAAGGGGACCUCCUCCCGAUUGUGGUGGUGGUGGUCCUAAAGGUGGCCGCAAAGGUGGUCCAGGAAAAGGUCGAGGCCCGCCCCCACCACCUUCUGAAGAGAGCGAUGAGGAUCAAGCCAACGAUGCGGCACAGCGAAAGAAACGUGAAACUUCCGGCGAUGAAGUUUCUAAUGAGAGCAACUCCAGUUAUUACAGUGAUUCAUCGAGUAGCGAAGAGCAUACGGGUCAACGUAGAAGGAAACGAGAAAUCAAUGCUAAUUCUGGCGAUGGAAAUGACACUGGAACAGAUUCUAGUGAUUCCAGCGCAUCCAGUUACUACAGUGAUUCAUCCAGUAGUGAGUAUAGCGAUUCAACGAGUGAAGAAGAUCAGGACUCUGAAUCAAACGACGGCGGGGAAGAUACGCAGGACGAAACCACUGGGAAUGAAGAUGACGUGCAACGUACUAAGCGAUCACCUUGCAAACGAUCAACGACGCUACCGCCGGAUGAGUUGAAGAGAAGAAAACGAGAGGCAGAAUCGCAAGAGGAUGCCGGAGAAAAAGUUGAAAAAGAUGUUGCCUGGUUUUCAGAUGUGAUGAAUAAGUUUUUCAGAGCUGUGAAGAAGGUGGCCGAUACGGCAAAGCAAGUAUUUAGCGGAGGUAAAGCGGAGACAGGUGGUGAGGGCAAUCCUGAUGCAGAACGAAUGUAAUCGCGUACCCGUUUAUCAUAUUUUUUAUUAUUUUCAAGAAGUUGCGCAAAACUUUGUGGCAAUUUUACAUCACACGAUCAUAAAUAAAGACAAAAAAAGCAAGCAUAAAACAUAAUUGAGUGUACAUGGAUCAAUCAAUUUUGAGAGGAUUUGUGAUUUUUGUAUUCAGUAGGAAUAUCACUACAUGCCAUGUACCAGCAUGUACCCUACCAUAGUUAUCAA